CUGCCCUCCCGAGGCGCUUGCGCCUGCUUCGGCUGCGCGUGUUGCUUGGCGGAGGCUGUGCCGCUCAUCGGUGCGACCCUCCACGAGUUGGCACAUGGGCAAGUGCUGGCAGGUGCUCCGCUGCUUGCGGAGCGGCUCAAUGCGGCGGAUGGGGCUAAGGCGGGGUCGCGAGGUCCUCGCCGCGCUCCUCGGGCAAUCGGUGGCCGAGAAGCACAUCGCGACGGCGGAGGCGAAAGGCGCUGGCACUGGGCACUGGGGCUCCCUCGGGCGGCGUUGCUGGAGCUGCUGGCUGGCAGGGCGUGGAGGCACUUCCUGA